AUGAAGCCCUUCAGGCUAUGGGAAGCCAAGGAGCCAACGGGGCCCUCACGUCGGCGGGCUCCCUCUUGGUUUGUGGGCACCGAGAAUUUGCUGCAGGCAGCAAUGCAAGGCCUUGCAAAGUCUAUUGAUCCUCCGUGCCCGUCGCUCUUUAGAUCUGUAGUCUGCCGCCUGAGGUCCAGCCUCGCAUCACCAAUUAUGCCGGGUCCACCAGCAGGGCUCCAGGGCCCCCCUACUCCCUCAGAGAAGCCAAGAGCUGCAGAAGUACAGCCGGACAGCACUUCUGCGGAUUCCUACGGUGGACAAGCAGCAGCAGAUUCCUCUGCUACAGCAGGAACUCCCUUCAAACUUCACUUCUGUGAGGAAACAAAUGAGCCCGAAGACGUCUGCAACGCCCAGUGGUUAGUGCUAUGGAGCUACGCAGCCUACGCGCCUGAGAGGCCCUCUCCAGAGGAGCAGCAGCUGCUGCGAACGUUCUUUGAAUUAUUUCCUGACCAGUGCAUUGAGGGCCCCGCGGCCAACUGCUAUGCAGAGGCCGUCAGAAGCUCAGCCCCUCGAGUACGGACACGGCGAGAACUGCUGCUUUGGUUGUGUAUGGUGGAGAACCAGUGCCGACAGAAGGCGGGCAUGCCGCUGAAGCAGUGCAGGUACAACGACUUGAUGAGGCGCUGGCGGUACGCGGAUGGGUAUGUGUAG